UCGGUAUAAGCACCACCAUAAUUACACAUUCAGAAACCCGAAGAAAACUAGGCCACACGCCCAAAUCCUAGGAGAAAGAUUAUCAAGCCUUAGGUUAAAACACACACACAAAUGGGCGGGUGGGCUAUAGCGGUGCACGGUGGUGCUGGUGUUGACCCUAAUCUCCCACUCGAAUGCCAGGAGCAAGCCAAACAACUCCUUACUCGAUGCCUUAAUCUCGGGAUCUCCGCCCUUCGUUCUAAUCACUCUGCCAUUGAUGUUGUUGAACUCGUCGUGAGAGAGUUGGAAACUGAUCCGUUUUUCAACUCCGGGCGUGGAUCAGCCCUGACGGAGAAUGGGACGGUGGAGAUGGAAGCGAGCAUAAUGGAUGGGCCAAAAAGACGAUGCGGCGCCGUUUCUGGUCUCACCACCGUUAAGAACCCCGUCUCACUCGCUCGUCUCGUUAUGGAAAAGUCUCCUCAUUCCUACAUAGGCUUCUCUGGUGCCGAAGCUUUCGCCCGCCAACAGGGUGUUGAGGUGGUGGACAAUGAGUACUUCAUCACUAAAGAAAAUGUAGGAAUGCUCAAGUUGGCGAAAGAAGCCAAAACCAUUUUGUUCGAUUACAGGAUCCCAUCUACCGGAUUGGACAAGUGUAGCGCCGGCGUAGACAGCCCAAUCGUGAUGAACGGGCUGCCCAUAAGCGUGUACGCGCCCGAGACAGUGGGUUGCGUGGUGGUGGACAGCCAGGGGCGGUGUGCGGCGGCCACUUCGACAGGUGGACUGAUGAACAAAAUGACCGGUCGCAUAGGUGACUCACCCCUAAUUGGUGCGGGGACCUACGCCUGUGACCUUUGUGGGGUCUCCUGCACUGGAGAAGGUGAGGCAAUCAUUCGCGGCACGUUGGCUCGUGAGGUGGCUGCAGUGAUGGAGUACAAGGGCCUGGGCCUCCAAGAGGCUGUGGACUUUGUGAUAAAGCAUCGGCUCGAUGAAGGGCAGGCUGGGCUCAUAGCAGUGUCCAAUACUGGAGAAGUGGCUUGUGGGUUCAAUACUACUGGGAUGUUUAGGGCUUGUGCCACUGAGGAUGGGUUCAUGGAAGUUGGGAUUUGGGAACAGUAGGGCUAGCUAGUGGUGGCUUACUUUUUCGAUUAGGUGGGUUGCACAACCCUUCACCCGUCUUAAUAAGAAGUAUUUGUAUCCAGCCAAAUUGGUGGGUUGGCGGGUUAACAUGUAAUUUAAAAAAAAAAAAUAGUUGAACUUAUUAUUAAAUUUGUUUUUUUUUUUCAAAACUAGAGAUAUGUAUGUCUCAUGCACAUUAGUGUAGGAUUUUUAGCUUGUUUACUAGUGUUCUUUUUAUUUAAUAAAUAAGUGGUUAUUAUUUUUA